UGAGAACAAUUUGCUAGUGUGUGUAAUUAUGCAAUGACAUCUACAACCUAUCGAACCUAUCAUACAACUUUGUAAACAUUAAGUAGACGGCGGAGUAUACGACUGGGCAAUGAAUGCACUUGUUCAAAGAAUUGUUUUCCGUUCGGUCACAAACUCCUUCCUUGUCAUCAACGCCAAAAGCCGACUUCAUUGUCCGUUUAGAGAGUUUUCAAAUUUCGGUGAAAGUAUGAAACCCAGAGUGUAUUUGACGAGGCCAGAUGUGGCACAAGUAGGAAUCGAUCUGAUACAAGACGAAUGUGAAUUGACGACUUGGUUCGACGAGUCUCCAGUUCCACGGGAAGAGCUGCUUCGAAACGUUGCCGGGAAAGAUGCUCUUUUCUGCACUCUUACAGAUAAAAUUGACGCUGAGGUGUUAGAUCAAGCCGGACCUAAUUUGAAGGUUGUAGCCACAAUGUCGGUCGGAUAUGAACACAUCGACAUCACUGAAUGCAAGAAACGAGGAAUUAGAGUUGGAUACACACCCGACUGUCUGACGGAUGCUACUGCAGAGCUAACAAUUGCGUUGCUAUUAGCCACAACUCGCCGGCUAAUCGAAGCCAACGAAGAGGUGCACACUGGUGGCUGGUCAUCUUGGUCGCCAGGUUGGAUGUGUGGUCAAAGUAUAAAAAACUCAACCGUCGGAAUAGUGGGCUUCGGUAGGAUAGGUCAAGAAGUAGCAAAGCGAAUCGUACCAUUCCGACCGAAACGGCUACUAUUUUCCAACCGAUCCGAGCGACCCGAGGAAGCCAAACAAAUCGGAGCCGAACAAUGCACAUUCGAUGAGCUACUUCACAAUAGUGACUUUGUCAUACUCACUUGCGCCGCGACACCAGACACUUUCCAUUUGAUCAAUGCUGCGUCGUUGGGCAAAAUGAAGACGAAUGCUGUGCUGAUAAACACAUCUAGGGGAACGCUUGUCAAUCAGACCGAUUUGUACGAUUUUCUCAAGACAGAACGAAUUCGAGCUGCCGGACUGGAUGUGACCACACCGGAACCGUUGCCACUGGAUAGUCCGUUACUGACGCUACAGAACUGUAUAGUUUUGCCGCAUAUUGGCAGUGCGGAUGUGGACACACGAAAGGAAAUGUCACGAAUAACUGCGUGUAAUAUUUUGGCUGGUUUGAAGGGAGUGAAAAUGAUAGCCGAGCUGUAGGUAGUCUAUCAAUAAAAUCAGUUUUGUUUUCGUUAAA